AUGAUAGAGGAAAGGGAACCUACUAAAAGGAAAAAAAAGGUCUCUUUUGCAACAUUGAAGGAAUAUUUAGAUUGGGAAAGGAGGCGUUUGAAGGAAGUGAAAAAGCAACAUUCUGUAGAAGAGAAUGGUAUUAAAAAUGAUGGGAAACAUUACCUGGAUCUAGAAGAACAAUUCAAUAGAAUGCAAGACAUUCGUAUCAAAGCCUUAAAGGAAAAUAAAAGUUUAAGAGAGGAUAUAAAACGCCUACAAAAUGAUCUCUCGAUUAUUAGAAGUGAACAAUACGGGGAUGAGGGCGAUGACCUUGUUCUGGCUGUCGAAGGUAACUUAAAAUUAGAAGAUAAAAUAAUUUUUCUCCAGAAACAAAUAUCUGAAUAUGAUAUAUCAAUUAAGGAAGACAAUGAGAAACUAGGUGCUAUUGUUAGUGAAGUUGAGGAGAAUGAUCAAGAGCUAAUGAUGUCGGCCCUUAAAGUGACUCAACUCCAUAGCACAAAAAAAGAGUUAGUUCAACAAAUUCAAGCUUUGCAAGAACAGCUGGUAAGGGAAGAGAAUUUAAUUGCAUGUCUGCAGAAAGAGAAUUCCUUAGAAUCUAAAAGGCUGGGCCAGAGAGAAGCAUUGUUGAGGAAUUCUAUUUCAUUACUGGAAGAAGAAAUUUGUAGGAACGAGGAACUUUUAUUGCAAAGUCAAAAAAAAAUCGUAUUAGAGACUUCCAAGGAAAGAAAUCUGUCAAAAAUUAAUGAAGAACAAGAAGUGAAGAUACUUAUAUUACAGGAGAAAAGAAAGGAGGUAAAAUUUCAUCUUGAAAGUAAAAAAGCUUCUUUGGCCCUUUUAAUCCGAAAUUCCAAAAAGGAUAGCUCUAAACUAACGCAAAACAAUGCACCUGCCAGCCGAACAUAA